GUUUCCUAGAUAAUGAAGGAUUCAGGAGAAUUUGGGAGGGACGUCUGAGGUAACCACAAUAGUUUUAAAGAGAAAAUUGCUUCGGACGGAGGAAUAAUGUGAGAAAAUGUGUUCUUUGAAACGAAGAUUUGAACGAUGUAGGGAACCGUGGCUCCUUCUCUCUCGUGUAAUGCAGUUUCCUCAGGUGUAUUUUGUAUAUGUUGGGGGGGAAAAAAACCUCAGCAGAGGAUAAUAAGAAAGGGCAGCUCUUCUACUGACCACCUGGAAGGAAAUAAUUUUCCACUUAUUUGGAAUUGGAAGACCAGCUCAUUCUUAGAGUCUUUGGAAACAAAAUUAGUUUUCUAGUACCCCACCACUCAUUAAAGGAGCAACCAGGAGCAUUCUGCAGGGAAAGAGCCAAAGGAGAAGGACGAGGGAAACGUGACUCAAAGCAAACCAGCAAUACAACAAAUAAUGCAAAGAAUAUAAAAAAUACAAAGAAUAAUGGGUCAGGGAUACAUGGUGUCUGUGAAGAAUGGAUUGUGGAGAUGAAUAUUCCCAUAAUUCUUUUGACCUACAUUGUCUGUUAAAUUCGUUUCCUGGAGACUUGGAAUUUAAGCAGAUCUUCAGUGACAUUGAUGAAAAGUUAGAACAAAAUGCUACAAGCAUAGAAUAUUGCAUUAAAGAAAUACAGUAUGAAGUUAACAAACAAUGUCCAGAUGUGCAGCUGCGAACAACAACUGACUGUCUUGAAUGGCUAGAUAACUAUAACUAUAACCCAUCCAAGUCAACGUCCAUUCCCCAUGGAGAUUUGAUAAAAUUCUUCAAAACACUGCAAGAUUUGUUGAAGAGUGAACUAAAUCAAGAAGAAAUGAUACUGGAUUUACUUUGGGACCUCUCCUGCCAGAGCAGCAUUUCAUUCCCAUCACUGCUAAGUGGAGCAUCUUUCCAUUUCCUCUCUAGGACUUCACUUCAUUCUGUCGAAGAUUAUUCCUCUAUGGAUGUAAAAUCUAUAUGGGAUAAUAUAAGACUACAUCUUCGACGCUUCUUAGUGAACAAAUUACAAAGCCAUAAUGAAAUAAGCAAUUCACAGCACAAGAUUUGGUUGAAAAAUCAGUGCAUACAAAAACUCUUGUUUCUUUAUCCAGAAUCAGAAGUUAUAAUCAAGUACCAAAGCAUACAGAAUAAACUGUUGGCUAAACUUCUGCAGAACUAUUUUCCUUCUUACAGCAGAGAAUCAAAUUUAGACAUCAUGGUUCAUGGGUACCAAAGUACAAUGCUUAAGUUAUACUCAAUGAUAAAAGAGGAUUUUAACAUACUACGUGAAAUUUUAGCUCCAACCUCGACAGUGAAAUUCAUUAAAGAAACUUACCUGGAUACUAUUACAGAAGAAAUGGCAAAAUUUCUUGAAAAUUUUUGUGAGCUGCAGUUCCAGGAAAGUGCUGUCCGUGUGAUUAAAACAAGCAAGAGCUCCAGCAGGCAUAGAGGAGCAGUGCAUGCUUUGGUAACUCCCGAAUGCCCACAGAAAGGAAGAAACUUUUUCCUCUCCUUUGAUAAACUCAAAUUCUUAUCGCAACUCAUGAAAUCCUUCUUGAAGCUGGAAAAAAAUGUUGAAGAAUUAUUGGAAGAAAUAUUUGUAUCACUCAAGACACCCAGAAAUAUUUCAGGAAUUUUGGAUCCAUCCAGUCAAGAAGUUGUAAUAGAGAAACCUAGAGCAAGUGAAACCGGAGUUCCUUCAGAGCAAUUGCUACCAGUGCAAGAGGCUAUUUCACUAGAUUUUGCUUGGCGAAGUGCAUUUAAAGAAGUGUCUCUUCCUAUGGCACAUUGUAUAACAACAGCAAUUGAAGAUUUUUCCACAAAAAUUCUCCAACAGGAACAGAAUGAAAGGUCUUUGGCUAUAACCUAUGCUAUGACCCUUGUAAAUGUGCAGCAAGUUUGGCAAGACAGUCAUGUGUUUCCUGAGGAGGAUCAACCAAAGAAAAUUGCAAAGUUUUGUUCUGACAUCAUGGAAAAACUUGACACAAUGCUUCCACUGGCUCUGGCAUGCAGAGAUGAUUCUUUCCAGGAAAUUAGAGCAAACUUUGUGGAGGCCUGUUGUAAAGUGGCAACAGCUGUCCUGGCGAGACUGCAAGAGAGAGGCAAGGAGUUUCCUGCCAAAGCACCCCUGACAAACUUACACACGUUGCUCUCCACAGCGGUCUAUGUCUUCCAGCAUUUUACGCAGUAUGAUGAUUUGAUGAAAGAAAAUACUAAGAAACCCGUAUUCCUGGUGCCUGUCCAAAGAUAUCAGGAAUUCAUCAACACUCUCCAGUUUCAGGUUACGGACUACUGCGUCAGAGUUUGUGCUACAAGCAUUUUACAGGAUUCUGAGAGCCACCACUGGGAUGACUACAAAGCUUUUUAUGAGGGGGAAAGAUGCUCCUUCUCACUCCAGAUGUGGCAUUAUUUCUUCUGUGCUCUUCAUCACGAUCUCUGGACCAUUCUGCCCCCUAAGUUAGCCCAGGUGAUCCUAACAGAAGUGCUGGAGAAAUCUUUGGGUCUACUGGCCUCCAGAUAUGCUCGGGCCCAUCCCAGUUACAAGCGAACGCCACAGAUCAGACUUGAUGUCACGACAAUUUUAAUAUGCACUGAGAACAUGUUAUGGUCAGUUUGUCCAUCUGUACAGAAGCUUUUGAAUCCUCAUGAGUAUAUAGAUGAUAAAAUUUUUAAAAUUCAUACCCAUUGUAAUAAUCUGUUCACAACAUUAGUCAUUUUGACGUCACCCUUAACUGAAUUGUAUCAGACUUUUCAGCAUGGCAUAGAUGAUUCUGCUUCAGAUUCCAUAAAACCAUUUCUCAAGCAACCGCUACAUUGGUUUUCUUGCAUAUCACAUUUCUACCCUUCUUUACUCAGUGUGUGGGGCACCUAUUCCUUUGCUUCUUUCAUGGAGAGUAAAGUGAUGUGUAGGUGGCAACUUUCUGAAGAGGACCAUGCUGGGAGGCAGACUCUAAAGCUGGCUUGUAUGCUUCCAAAGUUCUCGCCCCUGACAACUACACCUUCACCUGUCAAGAGGAGAGCAGAUGUUCAGAGUGAUAUUAACAGGGCUCCAUCAUCUGGACGACUGACAGCCGAGGGUCAAUUGAAACUGCUCUUAUCCCAGCCAGGUUGUAAUUGGAACCUGCUUCUGGAAACCCUACUGCACGACGAUGGUCUUUUACUGAGAAUCUUGCUGAAGAGCUCAAAACGUACCUUUCAAGAACAAGCUUCUGAUACAGACAAUAAUCUGAACCAAGGAUCCAGCUUGAUAGAAACCAUCUUUAAAGUAUUAUACCAUUGCAGUUUUUCUCCACAAACAUUUGGAAAUGUUUUUGUGAGCUACAUGGAAGAAGAACAAUUAUGGGACUCUCUAUAUAACAUCCCAGUCUCAACAUGCAUGGAGUCCGAGCUAGAGGUCAUCCGAUGCUUGAGAUUGGCACUGACCGACGCUGUCAAGGACAUCGUACAGCAGAUAAUAUUUGUGAUGAGCUCUGGGAGAAGCUGUGAGACCAACCUCAACAAGCACAGCAUUCCUGAAUGCUUGCGUGAGAGCAUUCCAAAGGAAUGGAAUUAUAUUCCCAAAAAAACUAAAAGGAAAGAAUCAAGCAAAGGCUUCACGAGGCUUGCUGCUCAGGCAGUAUCUAUUGUAAUCAGCAAGUUACCUACGGUGAUUGCAUGUUUGCCUCCCCCAAUUAAAUACUUCUUUUUUCUGUCUGAGAGAAAAAUGUCAAAAAACUUUGUUGAAUUGAAGAAAGCUAGCCUCCUUGUCUGGAACUUGAUUGUAAUUAUAUGUCGGAUAUUUGAGGAUGGAAACACUGUGGAACUUUUAACAGGUGCCUCCCUUGACAGAUGGAGUAAAGAGAAACUUGGUUUAAUCUGUGUGUGUUUGGAAAGCAUCAUGGGAAAGCAGACAAGUGGCCCUAAUCAAAUGACCCAGAAGGUCAUACAGAGCAUUGAGCAGAAAAAACCCAACUGGAUUGAGAGCCAGUUGUUGAAAGCAAGGAAUUUGAGCACCAAAUGUGCAUUUAUGACAAUAGAGAAAAGCACAGCCUUAGAAGAAGGAGAUAGUGCUCUUGAACUGACUGAGCAGAAAAUAAACAUGAUGGUCCUGGAUAUCUGCCACAAACCAGGUGGCGGCGAGUACCUGCGGCAAAUUUAUCACAUCAUGCGGCUCAAUGAGGAAUAUUUAAAAGAACAGCUGUUUUCUAUGAAUGGUUCAGAGGAAAAGCCAUUACCCAUCAGACCUUUAAAGACGACCUUGAGGAGUGUGGAAGAUCAGCCUUCUGCCUUUAACCCUUUCCAGGUGUACAAGGCGUUUAGUGAAAACAUGCUAGAUCAGUCAGCCAUCACAAAAUGGAACUGGAAUUGGUCAAACUUGCUGCCAGAUUAUCUGGGACUGGAUAAGAUGACCUUCAGCGUACUGCUCAAAAACAGGUCUCUUUCCACUGCCUGGUGCUGCCUUACAUUUUUUGAGGGUUGUGGAAUGCAGCAGAGUAACAACGUGUUUAUCUUUUAUUUUGGCUUGCUGGACACCUAUGGAGCUGAGUUAAGCCUGGAGCGCCAAAGUCAACGAACCACUCUGUACUUGGAGUAGAUCUUUGCUGCUGAGCAAAAGAAGGAAUUGGCGUCAUCUUGCUUUGUAUUUUCAAAAUAUUUUAAACACUGAAAGGCAGGGCUUUCCUUCUACGACCCAACACGGCGAUGUGGUAAAUCCGGUGAGGAGCGCACACUCUCCCUUCAGGAUUAUGGAUCCCAGGAGGGCAGUGGCUCUUAGACUACGGAAGACUGGGAGGACCCUGAGGAGUGGGGCUUUCAGGCUUUUGGAGGGUUGUGACCGUGGUGGAGCAGGAACAGAGUUCCCUUCCUUCCUGCUCCAGAGUUGUGGCUGUUGUAUGUGCCUGAGAAGUGAAACAGUAUUGUUUCUCCAGUCUUACUCCCUAAUGAAGACAUGGGGGAAAAGAAUAAAAAAAUUUUCCUGCUGUCUUUUCCCUUUCUCAUACCACUUGUUAUAAUGGGUCAGAAGGUGGAAGGUAAAUGAAAAGUGGUGCUCUCAAAAUGGCUUUUAAUAUAAAGAGGUCUGAAAGGAUGCAUAACCAAUUACUGAUUUUUAAGGCGGUGGUUCUUUUCAGGUGGGGUGGUUAGCUUCGGAGCUGAAGGGACACAUGGAAGAUAUUUUUUUGGCUUCUGCGUGAUGGGUAUGAAUUACCUUUGUAGUUUCAAAAACAAGAAAAGAUACUCUUUAAGAUGGCUUUAAUCGCUCUGAAAUAGUGUGAAGACAACAUACUUCCCCAACUCAAUAAAACAACGAAAGCUUUAUUGAGGAAGAAAUGGUAUAUCCUCUUCAUCAGAGCAUACUAUUUCUGUAUGACCAUCAGGACGGCCAGGCAGGGUGGGGUGCAUGCCUGGACCUCUCCGAUAUGUGCCCACCCUCCCAGAGAGCUUCAGGAGGCCACAGCUAUCCCUGUGAACUCUUGAGUCAGUUUGGAUGUGCUGUCUUCACUGUGGGUUUUUUGAAGAAAUAGACCAGAAUUGAGUCAAGGGGAGAAAUGUUUGCUUAUCAGUGAAGUUGAAAUGUUCUUUAGUAGUCCCCUGCACUUUUUCGUAUAGUAGGGUGUUGGUGGGAUGGGGGGCGGGGGAUAUUUUAGGAAAUACUACAUUUCAAUUUUGAUGAAAAAGUAAUAUUUCAAGUGAUUUAGUGGAAUAACCUAGAAUAAAACUUCUAAUAGCCCUGUCCUGUUUUGACCAUAAUAACAAAAUUAUUAUUUAGAAAGUAAUAGUGAAAGAAUAGAAAUUAGUAACUACUGACAUCUUAGGUUUAGCUUUUUUCUAUCUUUUGCUUUAAGCACCAACUAUUUUAUAUGUACAAUGUAAAGCCAUAUUUAACAAGGGAACACUCAAGUAUUAUGGACACUCACUACCUUUCGGAUUUAAUUUAACCUCACUGUCGGUUAUUUUGUGUGCUGAUGUUCUAAAGUCUGAGUAAGAUCUAUUUGCUUCAGGCAAGCCCAAGAUGUACAUAAGAUUUGCUUUGAUUUUAAUGUGUGUACAGUUCUAACUCAAAAUUAAAGAAUGUACCAUUGCCAGUUAGUUAAUAUCAAAUAGCUAAGUUCUGCAUUUUGACAUAUAACACAAUUUUGAAAAACAGAUACCAAAGAACUAAACAAUGUUAAAUUGUAGAGUUUAAGGAAUAGAAAAAUUUUGUUUGUUUUUAAUAACCCUCUUUAUAAUGUGGUUACAUAUUAUGUCGGAUUCUUGAAAGUGUCCAACUGUAGAGUGGUUUUCAUCGUUCUCUAAGGCCCACAUUGGGGGGAAAUAAUAGUUAAUAUAACUGGAAUUGUCUAAUCACAAAUAAAUUGUUUUAAAAGUCACUAGAAUUUAUAGCAUACAUCAAAGUAUUUGUUUCUGUUUUUUUUUCUUUUUUCAAAUAAAAUAGUAGAAUUUGAAAACUCCACCACUAUAAGAUGAUAGUGAUCUAUAAAACUUAUGUUUACCAUCCAUCCCUUUUUUUUCAUGCUCAGUAAUUAAAAAUGGCCAUGGGCAUUUUUUAUCCACUGAGAUUUACCAACUGCUAUAGCUUUCAACAUUUAUAGAAGGAUUUCUACACCUGCUUUUUUUUUUAUGAAAUAACCAAAUAUCAGAGCAGCUUGAAGUGUUUUCUUUAAAAAAAUAAUAAUAAGUUUACCUCUAGCCCUCUGGUUUUCAGCAGAUAGAAAGCGCUAUCAUUAGCCUACCAUCCGUUUUAAUUUGAA